GCACUUCUCCUGGAAGGGUUUCUACACCGAGCUUUACAGCCUCGACGCGCAGGACGUCCUUCUGCAGCAGCUUCACUGGCGCGCACAGCGCUCGGCUCGCCAGCUCAAGGUCUGGAAGCAGUGGUUUGACCAGCAGACCAACGUCGUUGGCUCCACGGACGCCGCUUUGCCAGAGGCGCUCCGCUUCGGGCGCUCUUCGGGCAUUCUCUGCUGCAAUUGCACGGGCGGCGAGUCCAAGGGCGAGCAGCUCGAGUGGCUGAAGCGGGGCUGCCACAUCAUCGUGGCCACGCCUGGCCGUUUGAAUGAGGCGCUGGGGCAAGUGCUAUUUCCUUUCUUCGGGCCGGCUGAAGACGAUUUUGUGGGCACAGCAGACAGAAUGCUGGACAUGGGUUUCGAGCCGCAAAUUAGAAGAAUCGUGGAGGACUGCCCUACAAGGCGGCAGACUCUGCUGUUCAGCGCAACGUGGCCCAAGGUCACUAGCCCACACCUUUGGGGCACUCCACAAGCGCUCGCGACGCUGGCAAUCUGCGGCCUGGGAGAGGAUGCCGUGGCCCUCAUCAAGCUCGCCAGGAACUUGAAUCUCGGGCACUUGGACUUCGGCAAACAGUGGCGACGCUCGAUGGGAUGGGGAGCACGUGGUCGUGCCCUUGACAGCUUCUCUUUGGGGCCUCAUGUUGUGGUGUACCAUGUCAUUCAACGUCGAGGGCAGUGUUGGGUGCUUUUGUUGGCCGGAUGUGCAGCCGGUGAUCUCCGUGGUCAUGAAUUCGAAAUCGAGCUCAAGGAGAGCAUCUCGAUGCCCAUCCCUCCAGGGUUCACAGCCCUAUCGCCGCAGCUGCCAGGCAAGCUGGUCGUAACAAGCUUCGAGGCGACACCCUUCGUGGGCAAGAAUGGUGUCUUCCUCGUGGACGUGGGAUCCCAUUCAGGACCUGCCCAGGAGUUACCAGGCAGCGGCAAGAUCAAUUGGCCGAACAGCAUCACGACUCUGAAUGCCAGCGUUUUCGGCUUCACUGCGGUGGCUAUUGGGAACGGCUUCCUCGUACCAACGCACACGACAGGUGGUGUCUACGUCAUGGAGGCAUCUACCCAGCCAGCCACUCUCCAGGAGCCUGUCAAGAUUUCCAAGGACCUGUCUGGCUGGUUCUACCACCAGGCACACUUUGUGGAUAUGGAUGGGGAUGGGCUUUUGGAUGUCCUCACCGCUAGAUGCGAAUACGCCGUCUGGCCCUGGGCAAAGAAGCGUGGCGAGCUGGUCUGGCUGAAACAGCCGGCAAAGGAUGCUUUGGCUGGGCCGCCGUGGGAAGAGCACGAGCUAGGUCCUGGGCCAGACUUCCUUUUCUGCGUGCAUCCCAACAGCUCUCGGCUGGCUCUGGUCGCGCCGGAGUUCGUGAGCGGACGAGUGGUCUAUUGGUUCAUGCAGCAAAAUGGAACGAUGAGCAGCCGGCUACUGGACGACACCAUUGGCCCUGGAUUUUCUUGUUCCUGGACGGAUCUGAAUGCAGACGGACACCUGGACUUGCUGGUAACGAACCAUGCAGCCGUCAACGGCUCCGUUUUUGCCUAUUCCUUCAGCAGUGAUGACAUUGCCUCGUCACAGAUCACUCGGCACGUGCUAGCGACAGGCUUCACGCCUGCCAAGAUCGACAAAGGUAAGGCCUCGCCUGGAGAUGCUCUGGCUUUCCAGCCUCAAACUAAUUCGACAGACAAACCGUAUAUCUUCGUGUCCGGAGACAACUCCAACAGCAUUUUUCUUCUGACACCUGUAUCGAAGGACCAAUCGGAUUGGAGAUACUCUCUGAAAGAAGUGCAAGACUUCGGAGCGGACAUCGGUCGGCCAUCCAUCGGCGAUGUGGACGGCAACGGUUUUGCAGACAUUUUCGUGCCUGUGUACGACUCAAAGCGAGUCGUCCACUACGAAUUCCGGCUUGGCCUGGCUGCUUGGGCGCGGCGGAGAGCUGCUUCGGGCGACAGGAGCUCCGGAGGCCCCAUCGUGAGAGUGCGGAUCCUGUAUGCCUCCAUGUCAGGAACAUCCCAGGCAACAGCAGUGGCGCUGGAGGAGUCCAUCCGCCGCGCUCUGCCCGAGAGGUCGCUUCCUCCUGAGGCAAAGUUACAGAUCAGCAUCGAUGACUUGUCGACCUUUGCAUUCGACACGCUGCUCGCUCGCACAGACGGAGUCAGCACCGACUUCGUUGCGUUGCUUUUGUCAACCUACACGGAUGGUUUCCUUCCGCCCAGCAGUGCCCACUUUGGCACUCUCCUGGCCGAUCACGUCCAUGAUUUCCGGGUGGGCCGAUCAGCGAUGAGCCAUUUGCACUUUGCUGUCAUGGGCUUCGGCAGCUCUGUGUACGCGGAUGCUGGCCACUUCUGCACUGCCGCAGUGUGGGCCUUGGCAGAAGUCCAGGUGCGUGCGGAUGCAGCUCUUGCUGCGCUGGGAGGGCUGCGUGUGGCGCGACUUCUGCGGGUCACGGACACCAAGGAGCUUGCGAACCAGGCCAGCGAAUGGCAGCUCGAGCUACAGUCCUCAAUCUCGGCUGCGCUCAGGGGCCUCGAGAUUCCGAAGGCACGCGGGAUCGAGGGCAACGCUGCUGCUGAGGCGGCCGUGGCGCAAACAGCAGAUCAAGAAGGUGAAGAGGACAGCUCAGACUCUGAGGAUGACAGCAGCACCACUGUCAGCUCAGGCGUCCUUGACCGGCCCGGACAGUCCAAGUCUGUGCUGUUUACUCCGGCAAGCCAUCCAGAAGUCGAUCCAGCCAAUGAUGCACCAAUAGAAAUGGAUCGCAGCCAUGAGCUUGACCCGCUGUCGCACGAUGAACUGUCCAAGAAAUACGGAGUUGGAUUCUCCAUAUUACGACGGAUGGGAUACUCAGGGGCUGGGCUGAAACCUGGGGGCUUGCAGGCUCCGUUGGCUGCAAGAGCGAAUGUUGGGCGACAGGGCUUAGCAGAGGCUGCCGAGUCAUCCGGGGCAGCAUCAAUCAGCCAAGAGGAGCUAGAACAACCCGCUGUGGACCUGACGAACCUGCUGUCGCAAGCAUUACGGAGCAUGCGUGAGGCUGGCGACGAGGAAGAGGCGAAUGAACUUCAGCACCUGGCCACAUUCUGCAACUUGGGCGAGGCGAGCGGGGUCCUGGAGACGCUGCUUCCCACGCCCCCCAAAAAACGCAAGCAGAAGAUCCAGGCUCAGGACACAGCGAAGGUGGAUGAUGAACCCGCACUGCGGUGCCUUCUGGGAUGUUUUCAGAAUUCCAACUUCCCCGUGGAAGGGGAGGAGCAGGCCCGAUUCAUGAAGUGGAACACGCACUGGGCUCCUUCCGUGGGAAGUUUUGAAGCCUUCGUUGCACGGCACAAACCUGAGUUGCGCGCCGUUGCGUGCCCAGGAGGUCUCUGGCUCCUUUUGCCUCGAGAGGGGCAGGGGGAGCCCACAGAAGAGUGCUUGCAACGGAAGUGCAUCGACUUCUGCCAGCAGCAAGCACACGCACGUGGCAAGUGCCAGGGUCGGCGAAAGUGGCAGCAUCUCGUUAAAACCUUGCAAAGGAUCUUCAAGGGCCGUCGGCCUGCUGGCAAAGUGCCGCCGCCCGAAGCUUCAAGCGCGCGCUGCGAUCCAACAUCCUCCGCAGGUCCUCUGGAGUCAGAGAGCCUGGAUGAACCCAGCGAUGUUGAUGCUUCCCUUGGCUGGGCCUUCGAUUGUGGAGACCACAGCAGACUGCAGACCGAGACGGCGGAGAAAAAACAUCCGAAUGCACGCUACCAUGGAAGUGAGGCUCCAGCAAAGGGCUCCACGUCCGAUGUGGAAGAGCUUGCGGAGGGAUGCGCUGGGGACACGGUCAAGAAGCCCGAGGAGCGGCAGAUGCUCACCACGAAGCACCGUGCGCAACUCACAAAGGAAGGCUACAAGAUCGUUGGUUCGCAUUCGGCAGUCAAGCUCUGCCGCUGGACGAAGCACCAGCUCAGAGGCCGGGGAGGAUGCUACAAGCACUCCUUCUAUGGCAUCACUUCUUACCAGUGCAUGGAGGCGACGCCCUCCCUGGCAUACUCGGACCAAGACGAGGAUCUGGAGGAUGCUGCCCAGCGUCGUGGACGCAAUCCUAGCAUCAAGUUCACGGCUGCGAGCUGGGUCAUUCGCAUGGCCCAGUCUCAAAUCAACGAUGAGGACUUAGACCCUUGGGAGGUUUUUCUAGCCGCCAAC